AUGGUGGCAAGAAUGACCUGGAGGCAGGCAGCUCCACCCACAGAGGAGAGAGAAAGUGUUAAAAAUUAUGAGUGUCUGGAAUGUGGAAAGAAAUUCACCACAAAGUCUAACCUCACCACACACACCCUGACACACAGAGGUGUUAGAAAUUAUGAGUGUCUGGAAUGUGGAAAGAAAUUUGCUGGAAAGGGUAACCUCAACAAACACACCUUGACACACAGUGGUGUUAGAAAUUAUGAGUGUAUGGAAUGUGGAAAGAAAUUUGCUGAAAAGGGUAACCUCAACAAACACACCUUGACACACAGUGGUAUUAGAAAUUAUGAGUGUCUGGAAUGUGGAAAGAAAUUUACCACAAAGAGUCAUUUCAACAGACACAUUCUGACACACAGUGGUGUUAGAAAUCAUGAGUGUCUGGAAUGUGGCAAGAAAUUCACCACAAAGUCUAACCUUACCACACACACCCUGACACACACUGGUGUGAGAAAUUAUGAGUGUGAGGAGUGUGGCAAGAAAUUCUUCACCAUUGGUGCUCUCAACAGACAUGCCUUCAGACACACUGGCUUGAGGGAGUUCAAGUGUGAUGUUUGUGGCAAGUGUUUCAAGACUAAGCGUGACAUUGCCCAGCAUGUGAAGAUCCACUUUUGAGGUGGUGUGUUGUGUUGACUGGUGGGGCCACACCCAUGCCUGUGGGAGUGUGUGGUGGUGGUGGUGGUGGGCAGUGUGUUUCUUUUUUCUUCUCUUGAGUUGCCUCCUCCUGACCUUGGCCUGACCUUCCAGCCUUUGCUCCUCGGCACAGCCAGGUGAAGCACGCCUUCAGUGGGAACCGGUCUCCCGAGGGUGUCACCAAGGCUCUCCAUCUCCAGCAGGACGUGGCGGGGGUCAAGAUGGCAGGCAAGCAAGCAAAUAAAUAAGACAUUGGUGUGUGUUGGAUGCCUGCGUGACUCCAUGCUACGCUGGCCUGCCACACCACAGAAUACAUUGAUGAUAGUGUCACGUCAGCAGACACUACACUGUUGUCAUGUGUGGCAGUGCCUGUAAGGACAACACAUCCCUCCACCGGCACCACUGUUGUGUCUGGGUACGUCUAUAUAUAGCAUCCCAUCCCAUCCCCUAUCUACCUGCCUUAUUUACAUCUGUUGCUGUUUACCCCCCUUGUAUCUACACCAAGUCAGUAAUACCUCUAACAGUCUCAGGAGAAAGACUGCAACAAAAUCACUCCAGAAAAUUUAUUACAAAACAAAAGCCAAACUGAAGAAUGCAAAGAAAAACACAUCAAAUGAUCUCAGUUUCUCGUUAAAAUAGAAAAAAUACACCAAACUGUCUCUUUUUCUCUCCCUAAAAUCUCUACCCUAAAAAAUGCAUAAAGUGACUCCCAAGUC